GCAAGUCACCACCCUGUAUACAUUUUUUAAUUCGAUUGAUGUAUUGUUCCAUCGUUCCUUUUAAACGUGUUGGUGAUGAGGAUGCCGCAUUAGUAAAUAUAAAAAACGUGUCUAAAAAAGAUUUUUUCUUUAAUUCAAAUCCACAUUUUUUAAUGUUGUAAAAAAAUGGAGAUUUCUCCGAAAAGAAACGUUCAACAGUAUCUUGUAUAGUGGCAAUGAGAAGGUGUUUUUAUUUUUUGCCAGAUUUUGUUGUAUCUGUUCAAAUAGCAGCAGAAAUUAAAAACGAAAUAGGCAAAUUUCGAUUAUUCUGGCGUACAUAAUUUGAAUUUUUUCGGUUUUUUUUUACAGCGUGAUAAUUGGGUGUCUAAUGAGGUAUGCGGGGUAUAAUGUAUUUGGGGUUUUGGCCUUUAAGUUAUGAAAUUUAUCAAACUUCGUGAUCAUGCCUGUUAUCUUUAGGUGUUCACUAUUCCAAUUAUGUUUAUUUUAAUUUGUAGGUAGUUGCAUACAUUGACUGAAUUCCCAUAAAUGACAUAGUAUUGCAUGAAAGGGGUCCAACUCUUGCAUAGUCCAAGUCAAAUACUCUUCCCGUCUAAGGAUGAGCAUCCCACUACUCACUAGCCCAAGAACCAAGAUUUGCAGUUGUUACGUGCAGAUUUCCUUUUUGCCUAUUUUUUUUUAGAUUUCGUUAAUUUCCGCUAACACUUUGAGGUAUUGUGUGUUGCAUAUUUAGGCAAGAAUGAGUUAACAUCUAAUGAACAGUAAGAACUGUCGCAUUUAUGCUAAUUUCAACCUUGGCCCUGAAAAUUUAUCUGUGCCAUACGUUCUUACACGUGCUAUCAUUUUUGAUAACAGUCAUUUUGGGCAUUCUUUUCUUCCUUUUCAAGUUCAGCCUCUGUAGGUGCACGUCGUGCUUAAUAAUACUAAUGUGCCUCACAUAUUCGUCCCUUGUUUUUAAAAGCGAAAAUGCAUCCUUUGUUAAUUUAACUAAAGCGCUACUGCUGAACAUGUUUGAAUUAGUAGCAUUACUCAUAGUUACCUUUCACACACACAAUAUCCAACAGAGGAACUUCAAUUAAAGGUGUAACACAUACACAUACAAUUAACAAUACCAGAUAUGCUAUACAAUAUAUGAUUUAAAUAACUAUAGGAGUACUUUAGGAUUACGUAAAAUUCGUGUUAUAAUUAGUGAAUUGUAACUGGUUUGACAUUAAUCUACGUCCGUUUAUAUAGCUUCGAAAUGACAUGCCCCUACUAAAAUGAAAUAUGACACGUGACCUUGGAACAAGUGGACCUUGAAAAUGAAAUAUGACACUGGUUCUUGGAAAUGAAAUUUGAGCCAAAAAACCGAGUUGACCUUGAAAAUGAAACAUGAUACCCAAAAAAAAGUGACCUUGACAAGGAAAUUGACACUGCAUCUUGCAAAUGCAAUAUGAGACCAAAAAAAUGUGUCCUUGAAAAUGAAGACCCCAAAGAAAAGUGUGACCUUGAAAAUGAAAUAUGACACUUGGGAAUGAAAUAUGAGCCCGAAAAAAAACCUUGAAAAUGUAAUUUCACACCAAAUGAAAUUUGAGCCAAAAACAGAGUUGACCUUGAAAAUGAAACAUUACACCCCAAAACAAGAUCUUGAAAAGGAAAUAUGACACUGCAUCUUGCAAAUGCAAUAUGAGACAAAAAUGUGUCCUUGAAAAUGAAAUAAGAUCCCAAAGAAGUGUGACCUUGAAAAUGAAAUAUGACACGGGAAUGGAAUGAGCCCGAAAAAAGUGACCUUGGAAAUGUAAUUCGCCCCCCCCCCCCCAGGCGACCUUGAAAAUGAAAUAACACGACCUUGAAAAUGAAAUACGAGACCAAAAAAUAGGUGACCUUGAAAUUGUAAUAUGACACCCCAAAAAUGAAAUAUGACACUUGGCCUUGAAAACGAAAUUUGAGAUACCCCAAAAAUUGACCUUUGGAAGUGAAAUAUGACACCCCAAAAAAAGUGGUAUCGAAAAUGAAAUAUGCCACCCAAAAUCUAGUUUUCCGAAAACCACUCAAUUAUCUAAAAUAUUUGACCUUCAAUCGUCUAAUACACCUGCUAAUGUGACAGUUCAAUAACUUUACUUAUGUGAGUUGACCAAAUCCGCUUGUCGUCUAAUAUUUCGAACGUCUCAGAUAUUAAUCAGUGUCAUUCUCGGAUCUCGUUAGCAGAAACGAGAAACCGUUGACUUCACAAGUUUAUUUUCCCAUCAACUCUUUGCUUAGGUCAACUGGUCACAUCGACUUGUGCUAGUUCAUUACCCUUAUCAUUUCCUCCCGCGUUGCUAACUUUCGCAAACCUAUGGACAUAUAUACGCGCAGCAUUUCGUUUUUAGUAUUCAGUUCUUACGCGAGUGACAAGUUACAUCGAAAAAUGAAACUAACAACAAACAAGAAUGCCGGUGCUGGUGCUCCGAAUCGACCUCUCAAUAUACUGCAGGAUAUUCUCCUGCAGGCAUCGCAGCAGCCGGGGACAACCACGACCCCCAACGCCCGAAACAGUCAUUUCGCUGGCAGACAGUGAUAUUGAGGAGGAGUUUGGGCGAAUUUUUGAAAACAUUACGCCGCCAACUGAAGCAGCCGCCACCUCAGCUGUUUGGCGGCAAAGACCUCAACAUGCUGCGUCGGGAGGAGACAAAUGCCGCCCAGGUCCCCCCUCAAAAAGCUGCAAGGGUGCAAGAAGUGAGGCCGCACCAGCAGCCGGCACUACCACCACCACCACCACCCACGCAACCACCUGUGCAGGCCCCUCAGCAGCUUCUGACACCACCACCACCGCAGCAGCAUCGGCGCCCUGCAAGUGGACGCCGGCAGCAGCAGCAGCCACCACAGCCGAUGAUGGUCCCGCCAACCAAUCUGCGGGAGCUAAAACACAACACUCUACAGUAGCUGCAGGAGCUACAUGCGUGCUAUGCUCAAAGCGAAGCCAUGCUCUCAAAUAGGGCGGCCCAAUUGCAGGCCGACCUAUUUGAGACGAACGGUAACUUGGAGAUAGCACGCUCGAAUCUCAGAGGUGCCGAAGAAUUCAUCAGGGCAAUCAAUGACCUAAACGUGUGAGUGUGUGUGUGCGGUUAAUUUUAAGGCUAAUUUUAAUUUUUGUAAUUUUAGGGUUUUGUAUUUUAAG